GAAAGAAACGACGCCGGUUUAGUCUUUUGGAAGUCAACAGUCAACACCAUUUCAAAACCCCCAAUCUGGAGGAGAACCACAUCGACCCACCAAUGGAGUCAUACUCCGGCGCCGGUGGUGUUCCGGCACCGCUAGCAAUCGUAGCAUGUAUCGGCAUGACUAUCUUGUACGUCGCAAUCCUCUACUCCCCCACAUUAAUCCUCCGUCUCCCGCCCCCUUCAUCUUUCAAAACCUUCAUGAUCCGACGGUUCAUUUGCGCCGGUAUCUCCACCGUCGUUUCACUUGUUGUCUGCGCCUUUAUUCUUCCUAUAAAGAGGUGGAACAUGUCCUACUUGCUUAGUGCUUAUGGUAUCCGUCUACACCACACGAUUAAAAAGGGUUAGUGAGUUGCUAAAAUUUUCUGCUGAAAAUGGAAUUUUAUGUAUGAAACAGUGGGAAGCCGUGGUUUUUCCUCUUUGCCUGACUUCGUUAACGUAUAUCGGCUCGUUUAUCCUCAAAAUUUUAUCAAUUUGGAGCUCGUGGGCCGAACAUGGGGACCGACAGAUAGAUAUAUCAUUUCAUGGCUUAAAGAGUGGUCUUCAAAACCUCAUUAACUGGAUGGUUUCAGCUGUUUACGAUAUUUCAGUUUGGAGAAUGUAUAUUGUGGCUCCUCUGACGGAAGAGUUAGUUUUCAGAGCUUGUAUGAUAUCUUUACUUCUAUGUGGAGGAUUUAAAGCAUAUACAGUAAUACUUCUCUCUCCUGUUCUUUUUAGCCUAGCUCACUUGAACCAUUUAUUGGAGUACUACAUGCAACAAAAUACCAGCUUGCUGAAAGCUUCCAUGGUUGUAGGUUUCCAGCUUGGGUACACAGUGAUAUUUGGGUCAUAUGCAUCAUUUCUCUUUGUUCGAACUGGACAUAUAGCAGCGCCGCUCGUGUCACAUAUGUUCUGCAACACCAUGGGGCUUCCUGCCUUCUUUUCACGAAGAACAUGGUUGGUGAGCGUGGGAUUUGUAGCAGGGGCUAUAAGCUUUGUAUAUCUUUUGUUUCCACUUACUUCUCCAGCUUUGUACAAUGAUAGAACCGACAAUUGCGAAUGCUGGCACACUUACUGCUAUUGGACUUAAGAGACUAUGAAUUUACUCAUCCCGGAUCACCAAAUGUGGCUACAGAGGAUAUAUCCUUCAACUGGAUUCAAGAUAGUUUUCAGUCAUUAGAGUUUUUUGUCCAGAAAGGAUCUUCUUGCUUGCCAUGCAGAUCAGUUAUUUGUUUAUCUGCGUGUAUCGACAUUUUAGUCUGAAUUCAACGAUUUCAAAAUGAACAACUUAUAUUGUACAAAGUACAAGUCAUCUUAGGCUACAUCAGUACAAUGUGUGGCGUUUAAACCGGCUGUCA